UUCCGGGGAAGCGUCUUACAGCCAUCUUUCGGUCUUGGAUAGUUUUGGAAGACCAUAUGGCAACAGCUAAAACCACUUUGGUACUGUAGUUAGCAAAACAGUCCGAGGAAUAUAGCCGCUGUGAUUCGAGUAGGUGCAAAGAGUCUGCACUCAUGUCGGGCAGGGGCAACGGUGUGGAGUGGGUUGAGACAACCGAGGAGGUUGUUGUAACAGAGGAGUGUCUACCCCCUGAACACAACACUCCUGCAGUGAUACCGGUUUUGGAGCCAGCAGAAACGCCAAUCCAGAGGUUACUGGACACUGUGGGGCAUGGAGAUAACCCAGAGGGUGAUGGUGGCUUCUAUUGUGAGGAGUGUCUGACUCUCUUCCAGGACCAGAGUGAUCCCGCUAACAUUAAUGGCCCAUCUUUUGUUCUUGACUUUCCAACGAGCAUGGGCGUCCCCCAGAGGGCCCUCCUCACUCUUCCCUAUGGCCUGAUGAUUGGCAGAUCUAGCAUUCCCAAUGCAGGCGUUGGAGUCAUAAAUCACGGACCAAUCGUGUCUCCAGGAAUGCAUUUUGGACCAUAUGAGGGGGAAGUGACAACAAGAGAAAAUGCCAUGGCAAGUGACUUCUCCUGGGAGAUUUACAAAGGAAAAGAGGAGUAUGAGUAUAUUGAUGCUGCCAGAGAAUCACACUCAAACUGGAUGAGGUACGUCAAUUGUGCUCGUAAUAAAGACGAGACGAAUUUGCUGGCAGUCCAGUACAAAGGUAGCAUCCUUUUUCAUUGCUGCCGCACCAUACACCCUGGAGAUGAGCUCAUGGUGUGGCCCAGCAGCAAACUUCUCACCCAUUUUAGUGAAGCUUGGACCCAGGUGUGGUUGAUGAAGUUGAAUGCAACAGAGACUAAUACAACUGCGACAUCUCAGAUCUUCCUGUGUUCCCACUGUCCGCUGUCCUUCACUACAGAGGCCUUCCUCCAGCGACAUACAGAAUACUUCCACAUACAGCCUAAAGGGGACUGUUCAACACCAGCCGCUGAGGCAGUUGAACCUGAAAAUCCCACUUCCAGUGCUGACUCAGGUCACUCUGCAGCAUCUCUGGUGGUAUUAUCUGUUGAUCCUGUCACAUCCAAUACAUGUGGUGAUUGCGGGAAGAUUUUCAAGCAAAUACCUCACCUCAGGAGGCACAAGCUUUGCGUCCACUCAAACAAACGUCCCUACUGCUGCCCACAGUGCAGGCGGAGUUUUAGCCAGGCAUCUGGCUUAAUCAGACACCAGCUAGUUCACAGAAAGCCGGCUGUGAUAAAAGAGGCAUACAUUGUUCCUAAUCAGAACAAAAUUCUUAGUGAGAAGAACGAGAGCUUGACACAGAGGUCUGAACUUUUUAACACUGCGGAUCCAGCUGUAGCACAGGAAACAAAGGAAAUGAAUGAAAGUGAGAAUCUACAAGGAGCUAUGGAUGUAAUGGAAACGGAGAAUACUUCUGCAGGAGAGGCAGAAACAUCCCAAUCCAAUUGUUCAGACUGUGGUAAGAACUUCACAAAUGAUGCAUCCCUCAAAAAACACAAGGUGACUGUCCAUGAAAGGUUACGUCCAUACGUCUGCACUGUGUGUCAGAAGUGCUUUGGCCAGUACAACGACCUGACCAGGCACCUUCUGCGUCACCAAAAGCAAAGCAAAAGUGGAGAAAAUCUUAAUCAGGCUCCAGAGGAAUGCACCACCAUGCCCUUUAGCUGUGCUGAGUGUUUAGUGGCUUUUUCUUCAGUAGACACCCUUCAGCAGCACAUAAGUGAGCAUCACUCAGAGGAGACCACAGUGGAAAAUCAAGAGGAUGAUCCAGUGCCAGCUGGUGAUGAUCAGAGCCAUGAUCCAGACUUCAUUCCACAAUCCUCAGUGGCUGAAACAGUUGAAUCUAUCCAAAAACGUCCCUCUCAGAGGCCUCAGCGACUUGGAGCUAGAUCUAAAAUUUCUGCCAUAACCAAGCUCAUAGCUCCAAAACGAAGGGUGGCCAUCUGCAAGAAACCAUUAGCCAUCCCUGCUCAGACUGAGAGGAGCUCCACUGAACCACCUGCUGCCAGAAAUGGAAAGUUAACAAAAUACAAAUGGUUUAGCUGUAAUCGUUGCAAACGAACAUACGGAAACCCAGAUGAUCUCAAAGCACAUAAGUGCACUUUAAGACAGCACAAGUGCGGUCAGUGUGGGGCGACCUUUAAUAAGUUUGGCUUCCUGAAAAGACACGAGCAGAUGGUACAUGUGAAGGCAAAAUCUUACAGCUGUGAACGCUGUGGUAAAGUCUUAACUACAUCUGGUAACCUUAAACAGCAUCAGAAGAGCAAGACUUGUAUGAAGUAUCACUGCACGUCUGAGCUUUUCCCAUGUUCAUUUUGUCAGUUCUCCUUCACUAUGAAGAGCUACCUUAUUAAACACAUCAAGAGGCACCACCCUGUGGAGUUUCUGUCCCACUGCGAUUCGGACAGCCUCAUGGAUCAGCUGGAGGAAGAGGAGGGGGAAAAAGAAUGUAUAUGCCCUCAUUGCGGGAAGAGGUGUGCAAGCGCCAAAGCUUUCAAAUCUCACACGUGCUUCCAGCAGGUGAAGGUACUGUACUUGUGCACUGACUGUGGAAAGGGCUUCUCAAACCACUACGGUCUCAAGCAACAUCAGCGCAUUCACACAGGCGAGAAGCCUUACAACUGCCCUCACUGCAGCAAAAGCUUCUCUUACACCGGCCAACUCAACGUGCAUCUCAGGACUCACACCGGGGAGAAGCCGUACCUGUGCACCCACUGUGGGGAGAGCUUUCGGCAGUCGGGAGACCUGAAACGACAUGAGAGGAAGCACACGGGAGUGAGGCCCUACAGCUGCCCCGAAUGUUGCAAAAGCUUCAGCCGCCCGCAGAGUCUCAAAGCUCACCAAAUGCUUCACCUGGGACAGAGGAUGUUCAAAUGCACCCAGUGCGGGAAGAGCUUUUCCCGAAACUAUCACCUCAGGAGACACCAUCAGAAGAUGCAUUUGUAGUCACAUUUAGAAAAAGACUUAAAUGCUGCCAGUGUAAACUGAUUUGCACUUAAUGGUCAAGUACUUCACGAUUGUACUCUUCAAGAGUUGCAGAGAGUUUUUGAAUGACCUGUAAAUAACAUUAUUUUAAGUUAAACUUAAGUUUGUUUAAAGCUAAAGCAUUUCAUAGCCAAAAAUUUGAUUGUGAUGUUUAGAAUUUUCAAUUUUUGUUAAUUAUUUCAAAGAGGUAAAACAUUUAUAUAAACACGUCAUUCAUCAAUAAAUUAACAAAAAAAAUGUAAAGGAACUCGCCACAGUCACACAGACAAAUGCUUAUUGUCCCUCAAUGUCAACUUGCUUUGAAAUAAAAACCAACUGGACCAUCA